AUGUUGGUUUCAGGCCAAGUGAAGGAGCCCCAUCAAGAUACCCUCAUACGCGCGGGUAACCACUACAGCUGCAUGUCAGGCUGGAAUGUCACACUCUAUGGGGAGAAAUACAAUGCAACCUUGCGUUUAGGUAGCGUGAAGUUUCAAGCCUUUCCGGAUAUAGGCGCAGCUAAUUUUAGUGGCUAUGCUGUAACAUGCUACGCCGACCACGAUCACAACCCGUUCGGUUUCCAAGGCGUGCUUGUUUUUGUCUGCGUGGGAGUGGUCCUCACCGAGAGUUGUAUCGGUGAAGUUUGGGCAAUAAAUGCAGUAGACUGGGAGACGCGAGGAGAGCCAAUCGCGUGUCAGCCUGCGUCCACGCCUGGGUCACAUGCUCAGGUGGGGGAUCGUGAGGCCGCGAGGGCGCACGAUUCGGUGUGGAUGCAGGGGAAUGGAGAGCAUCAUAAUGCAUGCCAGAAACGAAUUACAAACCCACGAGCUACAUCCCAGUGCAUCAGGUCUCCUUCUGAGCCAGGAGAGAAUUUAAUCGCCGAGACGCCUGACUUUGAGGUGAAUCUGGCACGUUUUAAUGGCAUGCAAUAUUGUCCCGGAGUGCAAACUUCACCAUCUCACCAAAAUACCCAAUGUCAGUACUGCGGAGUGUUUCGACUACAAUAUGUUGGGGAGCCCCGUGUCUUCGUGGCAGGUCGUCCCUGUUGGAAUAAUGCCUCGGCUAACAUCUGUCCUUCCUGCGAGAUGACUCCCCGGGUCAGUGCUGAGCCAUUUCUCAAAGUUAGUAUCUGGAGUUAUCCAGACAUUCACGACGGCCGGGAAUAG